GAAAAAAUGGACUUCCAAUCUGAAAAAUGCAUUUGGAUUUACUUUUUUGCUUUAUACUAUAUUCAAUAUGUUUGCUGUAAGAAACAUCAAAGAUACUGCUGCAUACAAAGAAUUCCCCAAGGAAGGUGAAAAUUAUAACAAGAGAAACAAUUGGGCAAAAUUAAGCAUCUGUGAUAUUGAUAUUGAUAUGUUAAUGGAAUACGAAAACAAAAAUUUUGAUUCUUAUCAAUUACUGAAGGCUAAUACUAAUAAUG